AUGUUGAGACUUUUUAUCAGAAGAUCUUACUGUACAAAAAAGUUCCCAGAAGUUGCUAAACGCAAGAUUGCAUUUGAAGGAGAUGAAGUUUUAGUUCGAGAUAUCCCAUAUAUUUCAGAGGUAAACUUUUCUGGGCUCUAUCCAUAAAUAUUCAUUGAUCCAUCCGAUGUUCUUUUCAAAACAACAAUAACAUCUCAAAAUUCAGAUUCUUGAUGAAAAAUUAUCCGAAAUUCCAAAUUUCGAUGCAAAACUUAUCGCACAUUUGGAACGACUUUCACUUGUUAGAUUUGAUUCAGAACAGGCAGUUGCAAAUCUUCGGAAAUCUGUGAAAAUGGCGCAAAAACUUGAACUUGUUGAUACAGAGGUAGUUCUUCAUUUAAAGAAAAAUGACCUCAUGCCUAUAUAAUUUUUAUUCCAGAAUGUCGAGCCGAUGUAUACAGUUUGGGAAAAUCAGGAAUGUCCAGUUUUUGAAGAUGUCGAAGAGAAAUCUUUGGAAAUUGAAGAAGUUUUCAAGAAUUGCACUGAAAGAUUUGAUGAUUAUUUUGUAACUCCGCCUGGAAAUAUUGCACUAGAAUCAAAAGAUCGAUUCGAUUUGAAUGUUAUAAAUGAAUGGGAUAAAAUUGGAAAACCAACAGCGCCUCAACUAAAAAAUCAAAAAACUUGGAAAUUCCUCAUAACUUUAGUUGUAAUGAAUAAAAUAUCAUGA